ACGAAGCUGUUCGUGGCGUCAGGUUGAUUGGAGGGGCCACCGCACCGCACCGCGCCCGCCGUCCGCCGCUCGCCUCGCCUGCUCCACGACGCCCCGCCCCGACGCGACGCGGCGCCGGCCGCCCGCGCGCGGGCGGGCGGCCGUGCGUUGCGGCCGGCCCCGCAGCCAGCUCACCGCGUCGCUCCCCGACUGCGCGCCGUGGCUGCGGCUGGGGCCGCCGGAGCCAAGCGCCAGGCACCGUUCCGGCGUUCCCCCUUCCUCUCCCUAAUCGCGCGCACGGUUAGUUGGCGGAUGCUAGUAGGGGACUUGGUGGGUGGUGCUCCUCCCGAGCCCCCAAAAGCCAAAUUCCAUUCCCCUAUGGCAUCGGCGUGAUGGCAUAAAGCUCCCAGCUUUCCCUCCCCACGCCUCUUUUUAUCUCGGUGCCCCGUCCCCAUCGCCUCCGCGCCGGCCCUGGUCUCCUCCACCCUUUCGCUUCGCCGCCUCCGGGUCCCUGCGCCGGUCUUGGAGGAACAUUGUAUGAAGUCCGUUUGUGGUUCUGGACGCAUAAGAUAGGGUGCAUAUGAUUUGUCCAUAGUCCUGCAACCUCAUUCUUUGCCAUUUGGGAUCAGUAGGCUUCAUGCUCAUGGACAGAGCUGAUACAUCAGGUUUUGUCAGUGGUGGUAUACAUUACAUGAACAUCCAUGUGUAUUUUCAUUUCGUGUAUACUAUGUGCUUUCUCAGUGGUGAAGUUGUAAAGCUGGGAUCCUGAGUUCUGUUGGUUGGAUUAAAGCAUCUGGUCUCUAAACAGCACUUAGAUAUUAUUCUAUCAUAAUACUACCUUAUUCAUAUUAAGCAGGAUGGACCUCAAUAUGACAAAUCUUUGGUUUCAUGGGAAAGAACAUAUAGCUGCUGCUUCAUUCUCCCAGGCUCAACCGGCUGCAAUAAAUUGUAGGAAUGAAGAACUAGCUGCUUCAGCUGUGAACUUGGGUUGCAUAGGGAGCUCAGAAAUAGCACAGAACUCUAGAAAAUCAUUUCAGCACGGAGAUCAAAGCUUGGCUGUUCCUGAUGAUGGCUGCAGACUGGUCCUUGGACUUGGGCCAACGCCAAAUCUAUAUUCUGCUGAUAGUCACUCAUUUGGUGGAAAGAAAGCUUAUGAAUCUGCUACUUUGCUCACUCAACAUUGUGCCACAACCAAUCCUGGUUCAAUGUUGGAUCUUUCAAGAUGCUGCUCAAGAAAUUUACAACCUGCAACAGCGAGUAGCAGCAAGAAUAAUUCACAUGCAAGAAAAACUGGUAUCGUCUUCCCAAUUAUUGAUGAGGGAUCAACAUCAGCCAAAAGGAAACCAGGUGGUUAUAUGCUACCACUUCUCUUUGCACCAAGAUCAGAUGAUCUUUGUCUUAAUGGAACAUCUCCAGAUGCUGAUAUCCAACACCACGAUGGAAUUGAAUGUGAUACUGAAAGUGAUCAUGAUAUAUCUCUUAAUCAUCAUGAGGUUCAGCCUAGCCCUGAUUUGUCCAUGACAACUGAUUGUUCUUUUGCUACAACUUCCGAUAUGGUAGUUGGUACAACUAGUGGGGAGCAGAGAAGUCAUCAGCGCCAUCCAAAGAAGUGCAGGUUCAAUGGGUGCUCAAAAGGUGCCAGAGGUGCAUCAGGACUAUGUAUUUCACAUGGUGGUGGCCAGAGGUGCCAAAAGCCAGGUUGCAACAAAGGUGCUGAGAGCCGCACAGCGUAUUGCAAAGCUCACGGAGGAGGGAAACGGUGUCAAGAGUUAGGCUGCACCAAAAGUGCCGAGGGUAAAACAGAGUUCUGUAUUGCUCAUGGUGGUGGGCGCCGGUGUGGGAUUGAGGGAUGCACAAGAGCAGCACGAGGGAGAUCAGGUUUCUGCAUAAAGCAUGGUGGAGGGAAGAGGUGCAGGAUUGAGGGCUGCACUCGUAGUGCGGAAGGAUACCCUGGGCUGUGUAUCUCACAUGGAGGUGGUCGCAGGUGCCAGUACCCAAACUGCGCUAAGGGGGCGCAAGGAAGCACCAUCUACUGCAAGUCCCAUGGUGGAGGCAAGAGGUGCAUGUUUGAAGGCUGUACCAGAGGUGCUGAGGGCAGCACGCCCUUCUGCAAAGGGCAUGGUGGCGGGAAGAGGUGCCUCUUUGAGGGAGGUGGGGUGUGCCCAAAGAGUGUUCAUGGCGGGACUAGCUUCUGUGUUGCCCAUGGAGGGGGGAAACGCUGCAAUGUUCCUGGGUGCACCAAGAGCGCCCGUGGUCGUUCUGAUUGCUGUGUGAAGCACGGUGGUGGCAAGCGCUGCAAGUUCGAUGGGUGCAACAAGAGCGCGCAGGGGAGCACAGACUUCUGCAAGGCCCAUGGCGGGGGCAAGCGAUGCGCUUGGAACAGUGGCUGCGACAAGUUCGCCAGGGGAAGGAGUGGUCUGUGUGCUGCCCAUGCGACACUGAUGGCUUCCAAGUUAGAGCAUGAUCCUGGGCAGGGUCCAAGCAUGGCCGGGCCUGGCCUCUUCAGUGGCAUUGUCUCUGGUUCGUCAGCAGCUGGUAGCAGCAUGGACCAUGCCAUCUCGUCCUCCGGUCACGCCACUUGGUCGGACUGCGUCGACUCGUCGGGAGAUUUGCAGAGCGGCGGCAGGCUCCUGAUACCGCAUCAGGUGCUGGUACCUGGCUCAUUGAAGGCCGCCUCUUCGUGCGGCCUGGCCGGCAACAGCCGGGAAGAUGGAGGGAACCGGAGCCAGAGCUUCGGGCUCGUCGUGCCUGAGGGAAGGGUGCACGGUGGAGGCCUGAUGUCCAUGCUCGGAGUUGGAGGCAACCUGGGGAGCAAUCCUGAUGGUUCGAAAGCCUACAAUACUGAGCAUGCCACGUAGUGAGCACAACGCAAAGUACUGAGGCUAUUUUGCGUGCCUCUCUGUUAAAAUUCUUGCAUGUAACAUGUGCAUGGUUUUGAUUUGGCCAUUGCUUUUUUCCUGUCAAGCUUAAGUAGAACUGGAUAAUUAUGUUAAGUGCCAAUUGGCCCUCUGUGUAACACAUACUUUCUGGAUAAUUAGUAUUUAGCCCUUGUGUAUAGCAGUAUAGGUGUAUAGAGCAGCUUCAUUGCCUGAAGCUGGGUUCAGAAGCUGCCUUUUCAUUCCGUUACAACUACAAGCAGAGUAUAUGAUUGAAAGGCAAAACACCCUUGAAGUUGAAGUUCUGUUUAA